UCCCGGGUCGCCUCAGGAAGAACCGGAGCGUCGCCCCCCCCUCCCCCGUUCCCUCGCCCGUUCGUUUGCUCGCUCGCUGACUCCCUGCGGGGAGGCAUCAUGGAGACCUCCGGCGGGGGCGGGGGCAGCAACGUGCCCGCCUUCCUCACCAAGCUGUGGACGCUGGUGGAGGAUCCCGAGACCGACCCGCUCAUCUGCUGGAGCCCGGGUGGAACCAGCUUCCACGUUUUUGACCAAGGACAAUUUGCCAAGGAGGUGCUUCCCAAAUACUUCAAACACAACAACAUGGCCAGCUUCGUGCGGCAGCUGAACAUGUAUGGCUUUCGAAAGGUUGUUCAUAUCGAGCAGGGUGGUCUGCUUAAGCCAGACAAGGAUGAUACAGAAUUCCAGCACCCCUACUUCCUCCGUGGCCAGGAGCAUCUUCUGGAAAACAUCAAAAGAAAAGUCACCACGUCUUGGAUCACAGUGAGUGAUGAAUCCCCCUGCUUGCAGAUGUCCGGCAUAAAAAAUGAAGAUAUUAAAGUCCGCCAGGACAGCGUGACGAGGCUGUUGACAGAUGUCCAGAUGAUGAAAGGCAAGCAGGAGACCAUGGACUCCAAGCUGCUAGCAAUGAAGCAUGAGAAUGAGGCCCUGUGGCGGGAGGUGGCCAGUUUGCGGCAGAAGCACACCCAGCAGCAGAAGGUGGUCAAUAAGCUGAUCCAGUUCUUGAUUUCCUUGGUGCAGUCGAACCGCAUCCUUGGGGUGAAGAGAAAAAUCCCCCUGAUGUUGAACGAUGGCAGUUCGGCCCAUUCCCUGCCCAAAUAUGGCCGCCAGUACUCUCUGGAGCACGUCCACGCCCCAUCCCCGUUCUCUGCUUCCUCCCCAGCGUACAGUGGUUCGAACUUGUAUUCCCCCGACCCCUCGGCUAACUCUGGCCCCGUCAUCUCUGAUGUGACGGAACUGGCCCCGUCCAGCCCCUCGGCUUCCCCGAACAGCAGCGUCGACGAAGAAAGGCAAAGCCCUUUGAUUCGUAUCAAAGAGGAGCCCCCCAGCCCCUCCUGCAGCCCCCCUGUUGAGGAAGCCAACCCUGUCGGUGCCCCCGCGGCUGAGACCCCUCUCUCGCCCUCCACCUUCAUCGACUCCAUCUUGCAGGAGGACGCCCCUGACGGCCCCCGAGCGUCUUCGGCUAGCGACAGUGCCGGACAGCCGCCGCCCGCAGAAAAGUGCCUCAGCGUCGCCUGCCUUGACAAUUUGGCUCGUCCUCCGCAGAUGUCAGAGGUCACCUGCCUCUUUCCCAGGCCUUCCUCUUCCUCACUGCACUGCAGAACGCCACCAGGGAACGAGCUGAACGAGCACCUCGACACCAUCGAUUCCAGCCUGGAUAACCUUCAGACCAUGCUGAGCACCCACAGCUUCAGUGUGGACACAAGCGCCCUGCUGGACCUCUUCAGCCCUUCUAUGACGGUGGCCGACAUGAACCUCCCGGAUCUGGAUAGCAGUUUGGCCAGCAUCCAAGACCUCCUCUCCUCCCAAGAGCAGCAGAAGCCGCCAGAGGCUGAAGACGCCUCCGCAGACACAGGCAAGCAGCUGGUGCACUACACGGCCCAGCCCCUCUUCCUCGUGGACUCGAGCUCCGUGGACGUGGGCAGCGGGGAGGUGCCCAUCUUCUUUGAGCUGGGGGAGGGGCCUGGCUUCACGGAGGGGGAGGACUACCUGGAGGACCCGACCGCCCCCCUCCUCUCCGGGACAGAGCACCCCAGGCCCAAGGAUCCGGCCGUGCCCUAAGGCCACACCUGCACGGGGCGCCCGGCCCGCCAGCGGCUGCCUCGCUUUGCUCCGGCCUCGGGAAGGGCUUCUUCCGCCUCUCGCUCUCUUUGGCUUCCCUGGUGGUUGUCUGCGUGUGUGCUGAACAAGGCGGCUCAUCCUCCCCCCUCCGUGGCUGACGGC